AUGGACAAUACAACUACGCCAGCAACAAUACCACCAACAGAUAACGAGGAGAAGCACUGGCUCACAGAACAAACCAGAGAACUGUUUGCCAAAUUCAACAUUGGCAACCUACUCUUCUGCUACUGCCUGCCAUUUUUCUAUGUAUUCUACCCAGCAUUGCUGAUGCCUGCCAUCUUUCUGCGUACAUUGUCGUUCUUUAUCGGUUGGAUUUAUAAACUAGUCGUUGCUCAUCAUCAUCACACUGACCUGCCAGCAGCAACAAGAAGAAACAACGCCUCAGCAGCUCAACAACAAAAGACGGAACCACCUUCCUUGGUCGAAGAUGAAAUGAACAACAUGUACUUUUGGCUGCAGCGAUGCUCCAUCUGUCUUGAUCAAACGUAUAGCUUGUGCUUGGAAUCUUGCCGUGAUCAGUUUUGUAAAGACUGUUUUGCCAGAUACAUUGAAGAAACUGUAAAUCAGUCGUGGGGUCUAGGUGUCAGUAGAAUCAAGUGCCCUGUUUGUCAAGAAACCAUCAGUCAGUCUGAAUGGAGCCGAUAUGUUUCACAAGAUAUUAUUGCCAAGUAUAACAAGUACAAUCAACCCUACAGACCAUUCUCUCGCUACUGCUCUACCUGCGAGCAUCCAGUAGCCCCAUGCCAGUCUCCUCGAUCUCAAGGCGUUUCUCGUGAGAGCCGUCUAGAACAAAUUGCUAGCGACUUGGACGCAUUUUCAAAAUCUAUUCUGAACCCUAACCUCACUGUGCUCGUGGAUCAAAUUCUCAUGGCAUUUCUCACUACUUGUCAAAAGGGCUCCACAUUUCGCAUUGGCCGAGUUCAAGAUCUUUACAAUCAAAUGAUUCCUGUCCUAGUUAAGAUUACAACUAAACAACCCGACUUAUAUGACCAAGCAUCAAGUAUCUCAAAACAAUUGGUUGCUUUGGAGGUGAUACCCGAAGCGUGGAAACAAACUCAAUUUUGGCAUGUGGCUAAUUUUCCUGUAGAACAAUGUGAUCAUUGUGGUGACAAAUCGUGUCUUCAAUGUGGUGAAAAGGCCCAUCUUGGCCAGAACUGCCUGGAGAAUUUGAAACUAAAGUUGAAAAACAACCGAGAGGAUGAAGGACUGACAUCCACCAUUCAAUGGAAGCUGAACCACACCCGCCCUUGUCCCAAUUGUUCCGUCAUGAUCAACAGAGACGAAGGUUGCAAUAAGGUGGAUUGUCUGCUGUGCGGUUAUAGAUUCUGCUGGCGAUGUGGUUCGGGUUGGUCACAACAGAAAUGUGGUUUUUACCAAUGUGGUGAGGAAGAGCCCGUGUUACUACAAUCAGAGACAACUACUACCACUACUACCACAUCCAUCACAUCGACGGUAGUCGCUCCUGCAACGAAAACAAUACAAGCCCAAAAAGAAGAGGAACCUUCCAAGGCUGAACUGGGUGUACCUGAUAUGCAUGCGAUUGACGCACGACGACAGGUUUCUUCUCUUCACUAG